AAGGUGUAAUUGUGGCAGGUUGUUUUUAGCCCAGGGUAAAGAGGACCAGAGCGCUGCGCAGUGCGUGUGCUGGCAACCAGUUUGUGUGCGUCUGGAGCUAGUAGUACUUCACCAUGCCCGCGAACGUAACAGUCGUCUUUCCGGAGAAGCACGGCACGGAGGAGUUCUUGCGCCGUAGCGGUGACCUGUCCAGCGACGGUGGAAAAAACGCCAUCUUCAAGCGAAUCUGGGAACCUGUUAACGCCAGCCGCAGGGUUGUGUUGAGUGACAAGGGGUCGGCCGACUUGCCCUACGGAAGUCGCUUCUCGAGGCAUCUGAACCCGUCUGUUUUCGGCGGUGACAGCCUCUGCAAGAGGCCCAUGACUUCCAGCGGCACUGUCCCCGCGGUGGAGAUGCAUCCCCUCCCGAGGCCUGCCACCACCGGCUCCGGUAAAGUCCACUACGUCAACUCCCUGGCUCCAUUCUCAACCCUGCAGAAGCCGACUUGUGGGUACUACUUCUCUCGAGAAAUCGACCAAAAGAAGAAAUGCAUCGGCAUCCCUGCUACCAACAUCGUCAAAUGGCGAUCAUAAGGACUAUAAAAAAUCAGUCCCAAGCCAUGGAAAGAAGUGCAGUAACGUUAAACAUGUGUAUAUAUAUACCCCGUGCUUUUUUGACUCGUGUAUAACAUAUAUCGUGUUACUUCUCUAUUUUUAACAUGUGCACAGUUUGUAUACUGUAAUCACUACCGAUGAUUGUGUGUGUAUUGUGACAUUUUUGCACACGCUGGAAAUUUUGACGCGUAAUGCUGCUAUUUUGAUAAUAUAUUUGUACCUAUUGCGCAGCCACUGGGGCUGUAGAAUGAUAUGUGAACCCUCGGAGGAUGAUUUUGCACUGUGAAAAUAUUAUUUCUGUAAGUGUACACGUUGGUGUUCGACUGUGUGUUGAAAUAAAUCCAUUACACUUGAUA